ACCACUUCGUUAUUUUCAGUCCAAUUUAUUUGCACCGGUGUGGCUAAAUUUCAUAACAUUUUUGAUAUAUAAAUAAUUAUCAAAUAGAACUUGAAUACAUAAAAUGAGUAAUUAUUUCAAAUUAUUAAGAAAACCAGUCACAACACUAUUAUGUGCGCCACAGCAACUGUCAAAAAGAUUUUACGCUGCGGCGCCAAAACGAUUCUAUAAGAAAACUUCAGUACUCUAUAAUGAUGGCAAGUAUGAAGUAACGCUUGAUAGCCGAAAAUUAAAGACACCAAAUGGCACAUUAUUCACCGUGAAAAGUGAACCACUGGCAAUAGCUGUAGCCACAGAGUUUGAAGCACAGAAGGAGCACAUUGAACGUUCUAAAAUGCAUUUAUCAGCAUUAUGUUUUACGGCAUUAGAUAAUCCUAAUAAGCAUACGAAAACGGAUAUGGUCAAUUACAUAUUGAAUUACAUUGCAACUGACACAGUGCUCUUCCAGUAUGAUGAUGAAAAAGAUCUGCAUGACUUACAACGCAAUGAAUGGGAUCCAAUUAUUAAUUGGUUUAAUGAACGAUAUGGUACCAAUUUAGAGAAAACAAUGGUAAUGUCUCCACCAAAUGUAACCGCCGACGAUAAAAUGAAGGUAUCGAAAUAUUUACUCUCGCACAGCGAAGAUGUGCUGUUUGGUUUCAUUUAUGCCGUAGACACUUUAAAAUCAGUUUUACUAGCAUUCGCUACCAUUGAUCAACGUAUAACCGUUGAUAAGGCUGUUGCAUUGGCACGCCUGGAAGAGGAAUAUCAAUCGAAAUUUUGGGGUCGCGUGGAGUGGGCACAUGAUUUGAGUCAACAAGAGCUGCAAGCGCGCUUAGCAGCUGCUGUACUAUUCGUACAUCUCAAUCGUUCCGAGCAUUUUGUAAAGGAAAAGUUAAUUGUUUGAAGAAAUAGUGUAAAUUGAAAUUGGUUAGCUUAAGUAAUGAAAUUAAAACAAAAAAUAUUUGGUACAGAAAUACAAUUUGUCGCAAGGCCAUUUUAAUACAACAA